UCACGUGUUGUAGUCGUCGCGAUGCCAUGGAAACCUGACGCUAACCAAAAUAGUAUUUCUGGUACUGUGGCAUUUUUCCAGUGGUUUUGAGCCGGAAAAGUAUAUUGGUCGCAGCAUGUGUUUGCAUGCUAAAUAGUAGAAAUACACGCAAACAAAAAAAUAGAACAAGCUUUUGAAAAUGUCUCAAAAAGCCACAAAAGUGGUUGUUGAACUGCACAUCAGAGCGGUGACCUGUCCUGGUGUGUUUUUGGUGGACAAAGAUGACGUCUACCUCAGCGUGUGCAUCCUGCGUCAUUAUAAAAACUCUGUAUGUCACCCAGCUGUCUUCCCUCUCCUGUUCAAUGAAAAAAUGAGAUUUGAGAAGGUUUUCAAGCAAGUCAAUGACCCAGCUGAAGUUGCUGAGCUCUUGGAAAGCGAAACUGUGACAUUUGAGCUGAUACAGCAGAUUCCCCCAGCGGGGGAGUCACUGGCAUACUUUGAAGUGGAUGCCCGGACAUUUUUAUUUCCUGAGCCCAAGCUGGUGCCCUCCUCACCAGGGGUGGACAGAGAGGUGCUGAUGACACGGGCUCCAACCUUCCCUGGAAUUGCACCCAGGAUCGAAUUUUCCACCAGAACGACCAUCAUCGAAUGCUCUGCCAGAUCAGAGAAUGCCAUUAACCCCGAUGUACCCCCGAGGAUAGCGCCCAAGAAAGUGAACUCCAAGAGGGGUGUGAGGAAAGCCGGCACCGCCGAGGCCGGGGGGCGUGCUUCAUCGGCGGUGAGGAAGAGGAUGCCCGGGGGCGGGCUGGCUGGCGCUGAGCUGAGAGGGGAGAAACCGCGCUCCCGUUCUCUGUCCCCAUUCACCGUCGGCGUGAGGAAGGUCUCUCACCGGAACACUGUCAGGCAACCAAUGACGGGCCAGGAAGGCUCCAGACCUGAGCCACAGGUAAACGGUAGCCGCUCUGAAAGUAAGCAUAAAUCCGCACAACAUCUGCCCCAAAAUUCGUUCAAGAAGGAAAUACUCAGGAGAACCUAUCCACUGCUUCCAAGGUCAUGGCCCAUUACUGAUUCUAGGGGGAGCGUAAAUCAAAGUUAUUCAUCUGACUGGGCUCGGGAGCCCGAGGAGGACGAAUUACGGUGGGCCGGCGCGGAUGACCGUCGCCCUAACUCCGUGGUGACCCGCGGCCCGCCGCGAGCCGUUCUGAGCGGCAGCCUGAGCAGGAGCAGGAGCCCCGAUUCCCAGCACAUGUGGGAGGACAUCCAUGAACGAGUACGAGCCCUCCUCACCUCCUCCAGAGCCAUGCAGCGGCUGGCGUAUGGAGCGACGGACUCGGAGAUCGAUGAUGUGAUCGCGAGGAGAUGCGCCACACCGCAUUCUUGUCCCAUCUAGAGGGAACGCCCCGUGGAGAUGAGGUCUACAGAUAAGACUCGCCAAAUUUUCAAGAACCUGAAGAAUCCAACAAUUUGGGCUCCGAUACAUUUCAACAUUGAUUUUACAAUGCAAUAAUGUCAUAUUUCAUUCUUUGCGCUUGUAUGUCAUUGAUGAAUGAGAAAUACAGCAGGAUAGCAGCUGGCGUGUUAUUGAUUAAAGCUGUCAGUGUAAUGGAAAGUCUCA